UCUGUGGGAGAACAACACAUGCCCAUCCUAGAGGCUGAUCUGGAUUUCAGUAUCUGGAAACACCUUCUCUGUUUUAUCCAGCAUCCUUGGGGUUCCAAGAUAUGCUGGCUCUUCAUCAGCAGUUCCCAGCAGACAGGAUAUCCUGAGACAUAUCUUGGGAAGUUUAAAGCAUGAAACAAGCCUCAUUUUUGCCUUAUAAAAUGCAAGCAAAUCUGCUGCAAGCCAGCUGUUUCCCGAGUCAAUGAAAUAUGUGUGGUUUUGGGAGAAAAACUUCUAGAACAACUUAGGAUCCACAGGGCUCGAGUCCAGCUCCUGGCCCUGCACCGGACACCCCAACAAUCCCACCCUGUGCCCGAGGUCCAAACACUCCUUGAGAUCUGAUAGGUUUGGGGUCGUGACCGCUGCCCUGGGGAGCCUGUUCAGUGCCCGACCACCCUCUGGGGGAAGAAUUUUUCCCUGAUAUCCAGCCUAAACUUCCCCCGGCACAACUCCACGACGUUCCCUCCCCCCGUCCCCCCGCCGGCGUUUCCCGCCACUGUCGCCUCUCAGGCUCCUCCCGCCUCGCCUCAGGGCGUUCCCACCUCCUCUCUGGGCUGUUCCACCUCCUCUCAGGGCUGUCCCGCCGCGAUGUUCCGAGGCCGCCGCGCCUGGUUCUCGCAGAGCGUCAGCCCCGGCCCGCGGGGGCUCUGGGUGGCCGGCGGAGGGGCACUGACUGACUGGCUGGAUGCCGAGUACCUCUUCAGCAGCGAUGCCACCCACCCCGACACCCGCAGCAUACACGAGAGCCUCAGAUACUUGGAGGGCAGAGCCACAGUCUUUCACUCCCGUUACCUCUCGGCAUGUGAGCGCGCUGGUGCCACGGAGAAGCCUUCGGUGGUUCUGGGCCACUUCAUCCUGCCCCCUGCCUGCCUGCAAGAAGAAAUCAGAAGGAAAAUCGGCUGUUUUAUUUGGGAGCAGGUGGAUGUCCUUGAAGAAAAGCCCAACGGAAAUCCAACAGAAGAAGCUGAGGCAGUAAGAAAUGGCUGUGAGGAAGAACCUGAGGAGGGAGCGCUAGAUCUGGACAAGAGCGAAGAAACAGGCUCUGAAGCACCUUCCCAGGGGGAAUUUCCAUACCGUGCCCUCCAGAAAUACCCAAUGAAUAACAUGGUGACAGGCUACACCUCCUCCCGGGACAUGAAGAAAUAUGAAGGGGAGCUCCACGACUUCAUCCCCGGCACGUCAGGCUACACAGCCUACUGGGUUCAAACCAAAAUUAGCAUUUACUGUGAGAAGAAGACCAAAAUGAAGAGGAAAUUGUAAUGCAUAGGUGGCUAGAGCAGCAAAAACUUCCCAAUUUAAGAGCUGCCAGAGAGGAUUUAUAAAUUAUCCGACUGCAGCUCAACAUGUUCAAUGUGUAUUCAAACACUUGCUAAAUUUACUGCAAAUAUUUCAAGUAACUACCUAAAUUUCACAACAAACACAAAUACAGACAUUUCUCUCCAAAA